UUCUCAUCAUGGUACAAUAUUUAUAUUAAUCUGUUAUUUCUUAGUUUAGGGAAAACUGUCAACAUAUUUACACCUGGAAAGGGGCACCGCGGUGUUUCGUCCUCACCGAUACCGGCGUCAACAGGUUCAGCGGGCCUAUAGUGCUGUCGUAAUAAGAGCAAACACAUCCUCGGCUACUAAAUAGUAGAAACAUUUUAUGUCCAAGAUGGAAAGUGGAGCUCUUCCUGAAACUCGAGAAGUUCUCUGUGAACACUUAAAUGCCAAAGUUCGUUAUCUUAAUCCAGCCCUUGCUGACCAGGUGACAGACAUGUUAGCUGUUGACAGAUCAAAUAAUGAGAUUAUAGAUUUGCUUACAUCAGAUAGCUUCUUAGAAGAGAAUGUUGAAAGAGCAGUUGCAUCCCUUUCUGAACCAGAUUCAGAGGUGCGAGAAUCUCUUGGUGUCGCACUCUUCCAAAUGGUUUCAAUGCUCGAAAGUGAACUCUGUGCCCAGAUUACUGGGAUGCUGCUGGAGCUACCUAUUCCCACCAUCACACAGUUGUUGCAGGAUGAGCGAGCCUUGAAUGAGGCCAUUAACAAGGCUCGUAGUGAAUAUCUGAAGUAUAUACAGGAAGAUCAUGCAGAAGAGGUUCCAGGAGCACCACCCAUAACUCUUAGCAAAGAGAAGGAGGAGUUGGGAGAAGUUAUAUACGAAAAGCUUGUCUCGAAGUAUCCCUCUGAGGCAUCCAAGCUAACGGGAAUGCUUCUGCAAAUGGAUUACAAAGAUCUUUUACAUGUAAUUGCUGAACCAGAGCUGCUUAAGAAGAAAGUUGAACUUGCUUUUAGCGUUCUUAGAGCAGAGUGUGGCAAGCAGCCCUAAAAAUGUCUUCAUGCAGCAAUGUGGGACAUGAAGAUGACACAUCCUAGUGACACUUUAAAGGCGAGUUCAAGGACAUUCUGUGGAACGGAUUCAUGGAAGCAUACGUAGACUUCUCGUUGAUAUGGUGCAACAAGCAGACGCCUGAGAAAUGUAAAAUAUUCAUUAGGACAUUUGUGCUGGCAUACAUAAUAUUUUAAAAUUUGAUGACAACACAUUUGAUAAUGAUAGGAUGAAAGCCAAAUGUUUAAUGAAUGAUUCAAUUUGUUGUUGUUCAAUAAAGGGGGUUUUUCUGUAUAUCAGAGGUCCUGCUGUAUCCAAGCCUUAAAAAGUGAACCAGUCCCUUGAGACCCACCUUGAUCUACUGUGAGCCAGGGCCAGAAUCUGGCUCUCUACAAGGCAAAAGGAGAUUGGGGGAUUAGCAUUACCCAAAAUUAUCCAAAACCAAGAACAAAAAAAAUGCCAGAAAACUUGGGUAAAACAAAACGAAGCUAUUGCUUGAAGAAAUAAAACCUGAAGCCAAGAAGGCAAAUGAUCACUGCUGAGGAUGAAUAACCCUAAACUUGAAGCAACCAAGCUUCACCAGAUGGCAGCCCUGGUUUACCCAGUCACUCGCCCAUCUCUCCUGAUGCAGUUAAGGGUGUACCCCUCUGUUGGACCUUAAGCAGCUCCAUUUUUCAGCUAAGUGGUGUUGGCUAUCCUUAGAACAGUUUUGUGAGGGGGCAUUACUGUAUAUAUUUAACAAUUGUUUUAUUAUUGGAUGUGAGUAGAACUAUACACAUUACACAUGUUAUUUCACUCUGGCUGUGUGCUAGAAUUAUUUUCCUGGUGGCCAGGUUACAGUUGCCCUACUCUGAAGAGCUUGGGUUUCUACCCUACAAGUUGCAGAGAUUUUAUGUAGUUGGCCGUGUGCUUGUCUAAAUAGUCUAGUGUGGCCUCGACUCGUGCAUUCUGGGAGGGUGACUCUUAUUCAUGACUUCACACACCUUGCUCCUAUCAACCAAAUAAGGUUAGGGUUUUGUGUGCAAUUUGCAAAUAAGCUCGACCCUUCACCUGUUGCUGCCAUAACUCUCCCUGUUGUGAGGAGUGCCCUCUUACUGCCAUUGAGAGCUACUAAAGGCAGGGCUACAACACAUAUGCCCUUGUCAUGGCAGCUGUGGGUUUUGCACUUGGUUGGAUCCUGGUGAUAUCUGGAUUAUGGAUGGCUUGAUAGGCAGUAGCCACCUUACCCUGCUGUCCCCUAACUGCUGAAGGAAUAGGUGCUCUCUGCAACCCUAUUCCCACACACUCCUCCUCUUAGCUCCAUCUCUGGGUAUGACCCGGUUUCCUAAUUUUUUCCCAGCUUCUUGGCCCAGCACACUGUUGAGACCCCCCAUAUGACUUCUGCUACUGUACCCACAACCUACCUUUGAUCUGUCGGCCCUGUGGUUUUGUGGUGUAUUUCAGGGGGUUGGAAGUUUCUGAUUGGUGCUUCUUCCUGGUGUUGGGCCUCAGGCCAGCCCAGAACCCACCUAUUUUCCCAAGGAACCUACCCAGCUUUGGAAGGGGCUCCCAUGGCUGACUUGCUUUGCUAGAGAGGAGGGGGUUUAUUGUCAGCCAGCCCAAGAACCCCAUCCCAGGAAAGGAGGUUCCCAAGCUGAGUAGCUAUACAGCUUGAAGUUAGAGUGGCUCCUGCUCUCCUCUUCAGCCCACUGUGCACUAGCAAAUUUAUUUCUUGUGUGUUAGAGAAAUGUAUGGGUCACCAUGCACGGUUAUGUUACCUCAACUGGUAGUCGAACCUAUCCAGCAGCUGUAGCCCCUGAGUGGCAACCUUCUGCUUUGGUGGGAGGGGAUCCGAAGUAAAGUGGAUGGUUUGUUAUAGCCCACCUAAAUUAAUCAGCUCGUCUAGUAAGCCCUCCUAGUUUCACAUGAAAAGUGGGCGUUGGGAAGUUGGUGUCCAUAUCAGUCCCUGGGAUACCCUUCAAUGGUGACCCAUGUAUACUGUUCCAGUUACCCCUUAGGUUGCUUGCCUAUGUGCUUGUGCCUCCCCUUGUUGGGCUCUGUGGUGGAUGCAGGGCAACAAAGUUAGUUCAGAUUUUUAUGACUACCUUGUCACCUGAAGUGACAAACUUUGAUGAUUACCAGGACCUUUCACACCUCUUUCACAGUCUUUAAUUUGGCUGUUGUAUCCCUCAUGACCCUCAGGAAUUUUGUUUACAAAAAUGAACCUCAUCCUCUCCGACCAAUGUACUCAUCUCUUUUUUUAGGAUGACGUAUAUUGGUGACUUCUUGCCUCUACUUACUACCACGUCCUUGUUAUCACGGAGGAUCUUUGCUGCUGCUCUGAGCUUCGGGGUCAGUAUAGUGCUCAUGUAUCUCCCUCGGGUAUUCCCUCUUUCUGCGAUCCGUUCUGCUUGCAGAGUAUCUUUAGUGGUUACCUUCCUUUGGUUCUCAAGCUCGAAGAUACUCUAAAGACGCUCUGCACGCAGAACUGAUUGCAGAAGGAGGGAAGACCCCAAGGGAGAUACAAGAGCACUAUACUGACCCUGGAGCUCGGAGCAGCAGCUAAGAUCCUCCGUGAUAACAAGGACGUGGUAGUAAGUAGAGGUGAGAGGUCACCAAUAUACGUCAUCCUAAAAAGAGAUGAGUACAUUGCAAAAAUAAACCUCAUCCUCUCCGACUAAACAAAAUUCCUGAGGGUCAUGAGGAAUACAACAGCCGAAUUAAGGACUAAAGUAAACAAACUGAUCGAAACUGUCAACACAAAAAAGUCUGGACUUCACCUAUCAAAAAUCACUGGAGAAUACAAACCCGGCUAUGCAUACAGAAACAUCAAAACUCACAAACCUGGGAACCCACUGAGGCCAAGCAUUAGCCAGAUUCCAGCGCCCACGUACAGGCUGGCUAAGCGACUCUACUCGCUGCUGGCACCCUACGUACCAAAUGUGUUUAGUCUAGGGUCGCCGAAGGAAUUCGUUGACCUGUUGAGAGGAUCACGGGCUACAGGUGUAAGAGCCUCCCUGGACGUGGAGUUACUGUUCACUAAUGUGCCCGUGGACGAGACUAUUAGAAUGAUGAUGGACCAGGGUGUAUCGAGAUCCGACUAGCACUCCUCUGGAUAUACCAGAGAACUGAAAUAUUAAGAUUAAUAUUAUAUUAAGAAAACUGCUUGAAGCUUGCACUAAAGAGGCAUCCUUCCUAUGUCCUGAUGGACACAUGCAUAAGGAAGUGGACGGCGUCGCCAUGGGCUCCCCGCUGGGUGUCUUGUUCACGAACUUUUACAUGGGCACUAUUAAGCAGAGAGUUCAGGUUGGGUUAGACCUAAAACCCGCCAUGUACUGCAGUUGUGUUGACAACAUACUUGUACAACUCCAGGAUACCGAACGACUUGCAGUUGAAAGCAGCUUUCUAGCAAAACUCAAUUUUAAACUUCAUUUAUGAGAUGGAGAGUGGGAGUAAGCUGCGCUUCUUAGAUGAUGCAGUCACAGAAAGGAACGGGAACUUUCAUCAUGCAGUAUAUACUAAGACAAACAUAGGGAUGUACCUUAACUCUGACAGCGACUUCCCGAAGAUACAAACGGAGUGUUGUGAAUGCCUAUGUCAACAGAGCUCUCACUCACAGCUCUGGGUGGAAGCAGGUGGAUGAAGAGUUAUGUAGAGUAAGAAAGAUCUUGGUCAAUAAUGGUUUCUCCAAUGGUUAUGUCGCAGAUAUAAUAAAAAUAGGUGGCAAGGUGUGCAACAGGCAAUGGAACAACUAAUACCACAACACUCUUACUUCCAAUAAAAUUGUUCUACGGAAACUUUUUCCUCCGCUUUGUGGGCCAUGGAGAAGGAGCCCUAAAAGAGAUCAUUGAGAGGAAUGUUACCCCCAACUGACGUCAACCACAAGAUAAAACUAACAAUAUAUUAUAAGAGUAGGAAAACUGCCAACCUGCUAAUGAAGAAUUCUCCCAACACCAAGAAAAACACCUUGAAAGAGACCAACAUUGUUUACACCUUUACAUGCCCACUUGGGGAUUGUCAGGCCCAACGAACUCGGUAUACAGGCAAGACAACAACAUCCCUCUAGGCGAUUAACAAUGGACAAACAACAGGGCUCCAUCAAGGAACAUAUAAUCACCACACAACGAGAUGAUCACCAGGGAUAUUUGAACGAGCAACACCGAAAUAAUUGAUAGAUACAAUGACAAUAGAAGAUUAGACAUCAGUGAAGCACUGUAUAUCAAGAAAUCUAGAUCAGCAAUCAAUAACCAGCUAAUACACAAUUACACUCUACCCACUUCAAAACCUCAGGCCAAUGCAGAAGCUGGACCGAAUGACCCUAAAACAGGAACAGAAGCAGUCAGAAGAACAUAAGCUGCCAAAAUGUCACACUCUAUGUUGAUACAUUUCAUACUGUAUUAAUAAAACCCUCUUGUAAUAUCAUUCACCAUAUGUCACCUUACCAUAAGAGGAUAUAACCAGGUGCUAAGCACAGAAGAAUUUGUCUUUGAGAAUGUGAGGUGAGACCCUACGAAAUGCAUCACUAGGUGUCAGACCUAAAUGAUAAGUAAAAAUGAAUUUUGGAGAGUUAUGUUUUUCUUUGCUGAAGCAGGAAGUUGAAAAAUUAAGGAAUAUAAAGAUUUGUGCCAGAAUCAUAAAUCUAAAACUUUGCCAUUUUCAACAAAAUAUGUUUAAAAGAAAGACUGCUACCAAAAUAUACUAAUAUAAUAUAAUUAUAUAUAUAUAUAUAAUUUAUUUUGCACUUACCCAACAACCCAAUAAGAGAAGGUUUGGGUACGUCUUUUUCCUGUUGUACCUCCAUCGGUGUUGGGGGGAGUGUAUGUAAACAAGACUCCAUGUUCCUUAAUUCCAUUAAGUGCUGUGCUGACACUGUAGUUGCCAUUGGGUUCCUAAAUGAAGUUAAAUUUAUUAGGUGUGUUAUGGAAAUUAAAGGGGAAUAGUACUUGUAAUCUUAAAAUAUUUUUUUCCCUUACGUCUCAAAUUUUCUGUGAAAUUAUCAGUUCUCAAAUCAUUAUCCCAAAAAUGUUCAGAUACAGAAAUAAAUUAUAUUAUUUC